AUGCCCGCCUCCGCCGUCGCUAGGAUGCGCGCCCGCAGCCGCCAGAACCAGGAGCGUCUGACCGAGGACGAGAAGCUGAGGCGACGCGAGGAGCGGGAGAACAAGAAGUCAGUCGUGCCGCAGUGGCUGGUCUGGAGCAUGAUCGUGAUCGUUGUCGGAUCGUCGCUUGUGAACCUAUACUUCUCUGUGACACAAUCACCCAAAAUGGCGGACUAA